UCCCUGAGAAUAGGAGCAGCAGCACCACCAGCGUUUUUGCCUGCAGGACCUGAUGCUCAUCCAUAUUAAACCGUCUGAGCUCAGGAAUCCGGCCAGAUCAUCUCCUUCUCCUGCUGCAAAGUUUAUUUUUAACCAGGAACUACCAGGACUUGGAUGGUGUGCGGACUGCCAGCGAGCACAUCUUUUAACGUAACUCCAUCUUCCGUCCUCCCCCCCUUUUUCGAGAAGGGUGGGGGGGGAGAGAGAGAGGAGGAGCGUUUUUAAAAACUUUUUAAAACGAAUCAUCCUUGGAUCCUUUUUUUUUUUUUAGAAAAAGCUGAGAUGAAGGCGCCCGUUUUAAGCUACAGUCUCCUCCCCGGCACCCGAAUUUCUGGAAUGACUGCUUCUUAGGAUAAGUAGGUAGUUUGGAGUCCAGGCCCAUUCCCUGCAUGCCUUCUUUCUUCAGAUCACGUUGAAAUGUAACAGGCCAUCCAGGAAAAGACACAUCUUUGUACAAAUAGCUUCAUCUUUUAAGACAAGAAGAUACUUAUAAAAAUACUGAGUUGCUGCUGUCUAUUGGUGCUCCAGCAGUCCCGGCAUUGAAGUGUGACGCUGCUGCAUUCAAUCAACUCUCCUCCGGCUGGGCCCAGCCAGUGCCAGCCCCUCAGUAGGGAAGGCUGGCUCCGGAAGACACCAGGGAAGAGGAAGAGGCUCAAAACCUUGAACUGCAACUCUAUGACAUCAAAUUCCCCCAGCAGCUUGGAAGGUUUGGACCCAUCUUCCAUUAACACCAUGAUGUCAACAGUAAUGAGUAUGGGGAAGAUUGCCGAGAAUGGCGGAAACUCACAGAACAUCAAGUCCCCCGCAAAAUCCUCAGGACCGAAUCGGAUCGGCAGGAGGAAUCAGGAAACUAAAGAGGAAAAGUCUUCCUAUACCUGUCCCCUGUGUGAAAAGAUUUGCACUACACAACAUCAAUUAACUAUGCACAUUCGACAGCAUAACACCGACACUGGAGGAACAGACCAUUCCUGUAGCAUCUGUGGAAAGUCUCUGAGUUCGGCAAGCUCCCUGGACCGCCACAUGCUGGUGCAUUCUGGGGAAAGGCCAUACAAAUGCUCUGUCUGUGGACAAUCCUUCACCACCAAUGGAAACAUGCACAGACAUAUGAAGAUUCACGAAAAGGAUCCUAACAGUACUACAAAUACAACUCCCACGUCUCCUUUGAAACGCAGGCGGCUCACCUCCAAAAGGAAACUGAGUCAAGGGGCUGAGGCUGAGAAGGAACUGACACCUGCGAAAAAGGUGGUAGACAAUUCUCAUUCGGGUUUGACGGAAAAGAAAUCAGAUGAAGUUUUCCACUGCCCAGUGUGUUUUAAGGAGUUUUUUUGCAAGUAUGGACUGGAGACGCACAUGGAGACCCAUCCAGAUAACUCACUGAGGUGUGACGUUUGCUGUAUUACCUUCCGUACUCACCGGGGGUUGCUGCGUCACAAUGCCGUGAUCCACAAGCAACUUCCUCGAGACCAGACGGGAAAGCCUUUCAUCCAGAACAACCCUUCGAUCCCUGCGGGCUUCCAUGAUUUGGGAUUCACCGACUUCUCCUGCAGGAAGUUUCCUCGCAUUUCUCAGGUCUGGUGUGAAACAAAUCUGCGAAGAUGCAUCAGUGAAUUUCACCGUUUUAUCUGCGAGACCUGCAACAAGGCAUUCCCCAUGCUCUCCGCACUGACACUGCACACUCGUACUCACGUCGGGGAUCAGGGGCACGACAAGCACAAACCCCAGCCCAAACUCCCAGCUGGCGAGAGCCCGGACCAGAAGGUCUUCAUGGCGUCCCUGGGCCUGCGAUCCACCAAAGACGUUCAGCCCGCCCCGCAGGAGUCAUCGACGUCAGAUGGCCUCCGUGCCCUCCGGCUCGAGACGCAGACGAGCCACCUACCUCAGGAACCUGGCAGCCACGCCCUGAUGAGCCUGUCAGCCCUGGACCCCUCUUGCCUGGGGAACUCGCUGACGGUCCUCCCGCCGACCAAGGAGGCGAUGAAGCCCCUGUCCCUGCAGCCCUUCCAGAAGGGCUUCAUCAUCCAGCCGGACAGCAGCAUCGUCGUCAAGCCCAUCUCCAGCGAGUCAGCCAUCGAGCUGGCCGACAUCCAGCAGAUCCUGAAGAUGGCCUCGGCCGUCCCCCCUCAGAUCAGUCUCCCGCCGCUCUCCAAGGCCCCCGCGGUGCCCAUGCAGUCCAUCUUCAGACACAUGCCCCCGCUGAAGCCAAAGCCCCUGGUGACCCCUCGAACGGUGGUGGCGACCUCCACCCCGCCGCCCCUGAUCAGCGCCCAGCAGGCCUCCCCGGGCUGCAUCAGCCCCGGCCUCCCGCCUCCCCCACUGCGGCUGAUCAAGAACGCGGCGGAGGCCGCCUCCAACUCCCUGCUGCAGUCCCAACUGGGGGCCCAGCCCCACGCGGCCGCGCAGCUCUUCCUCCAGCCACGGGCCGAGGCCCCCGGGCUGCCCGAGAUGAAGACGCAGCUGGAGCAGGACAGCAUCAUCGAGGCCCUGCUGCCCUUGAAUAUGGAGGCCAAGAUCAAGCAAGAGGUGACGGAGGGGGACCUCAAGGCCAUCAUCGCCGGGGCGGCCAGCAAGAAGACCCAGGCCAUGCGCAAGGUCCUGUACCCCUGCCGCUUCUGCGACCAGGUCUUCGCCUUCUCGGGGGUCCUCCGGGCCCACGUCCGCUCCCACCUGGGCAUCUCCCCUUACCAGUGCAACAUCUGUGACUACAUUGCCGCCGACAAGGCUGCCCUGAUCCGCCACCUGCGCACCCACAGCGGGGAGCGGCCUUACAUAUGCAAGAUCUGCCACUAUCCUUUCACCGUCAAGGCCAACUGCGAGCGCCACCUGCGCAAGAAGCACCUCAAGGCCACCCGCAAGGACAUCGAGAAGAACAUCGAAUACGUCUCCAGCAACGCCGCCGAGAUGGUCGACGCCUUCUGCUCCCCGGACACCGUGUGCCGGCUCUGCGGCGAGGACCUGAAGCACUACCGGGCCCUGCGGAUCCACAUGAGGACCCACAGCGGUUCCUGCCAGAAGGGCCACAAGCCCUUCGAGUGCAAGGAGUGCAGCACGGCCUUCUCGGCCAAGCGCAACUGCGUCCACCACAUCCUCAAACAGCACUUGCACGUGCCGGAGCGCGAGAUCGAGAACUACGUGCUGGCUGUGGACUGCGGUGGGGCCGCACCCCGGGAAGGACUGCCUCCUGACUCGUCGUCCUCGUCGUCGUCCUCCUCCUCCUCCUCCUCCUCCUCGUCCUCCUCCUCCUCCUCCUCCUCCGCUUCGGCCUCCGUGCUGCACGAGGGGGGCGGUAGGGGCGCCUACGGGGACCGCAAGCCCCUGGCUGCCUUCCUCGAGUCCCAGAACGGCUUCCUGCGCGGGGCCCCCCCGCCGCCUCACGUCUCCAUCAAGCUGGAACCGGCAAGCAACUUCCCGGUGGACUUCAACGAACCACUAGACUUCUCGCAGAAGGGCAAGGGCCCGAGCCUUGUGCAGGUGAAGCAGGAAAAUCCCUCCUUUCUCGGCCCCUACCCCCUGGCCCCCUACGACUGCUCGAUGGAGCCCAUCGAUCUGUCCAUCCCCAAGGGCGUCCGCCACGACAAGGUGGGGCCCCCGGCCCCCGGGGACUCCCGGAAGCCGGAGCAGGGCCCCGGAGGCAGCAACCCACCUUACGGCUGCCCUCCACCGCGCCCCAACCCGCCCGUGAGCUUCGGAGCCAGCGGGAACCUAGAGAAGCCUGUAACGGUGUCCGCCGCGGCCCCCACCCUCCAGCACCCGCCCCAGCCCCUGAAGGGCCCCUUGCACCUCGCCGUCCCCAUCGUCUCCCCGGCGCUCCUGAGCAGUGCAGCCCUGCUGCGCCCCCUGAGGCCCAAGCUGCCCCCUCCCCUCCUGCCAAAGCCCCCGCUGGCCAAGGAGCUGCCCCCACUGGCCUCCAUUGCCCAGAUUAUCUCCUCCGUGUCGUCGGCGCCUGCCUUGCUGAAGACGGAGGUGACCGACCCCGGCUUCGGCCUGGCUGUAAGCUCUGCGGGGCCGGAGAAGCCUGGGGCCACCAAGCCCAAGGGGGCUUCAGCCACCGCCGCCGCCCUGAAAGAGCCCGGGGACCCGCUCGCCCCCGGAGGCAGUCCCGGGGCCGCCUCCCCGGAGUCGGGACUGGCCGGCUCUUCUAAGAAGCGGGGGCGGAAGAAAGGGACCAAGAAUCGGGCCAGAGCCAGUGGCAGCGGGGUCGACUUGGAGUCGAGCGGCGAGUUUGCCAGCAUCGAAAAGAUGCUGGCCACCACCGACACCAAUAAGUUCAGCCCGUUCCUGCAGCCCGCUGACGAUCACGUCAAGGAGGAGGCGGCCGUCCCGGCCGUCGCCGACCGGAAGGGGGUGAGCGAUGACGACCAGGAUGGCCCCGACGGCAAGCAGCAGCAGAAGGGCAAGCGGAACCCCUCCGCCAACUGCCUGCAGAAGGUCACCUGCCCUUUCUGCCCCCGGGUCUUUUCUUGGGCCAGUUCCCUCCAGCGGCACAUGCUCACUCACACCGCCGAUAGCCAGUGUGAUCCAGAGAUGCCAGCCACGGGAAAUGAGGUAUUGGACCUGACCUCCAGAGAGAGAGAGCAGCAGCAGCAGCAACCAGAGUCAGCUGCUGUGCUCAGCCAAGAAGAAGAAGAAGAAGAAGAAGAAGAAGAAGACCGCCCUGCUGAUGGACAGGAGAAGCAUCAAGCUGAUUCACCUGAAGAAGAGGCUAUGGGUGAAAAGGAGGAAGAGGAAGAGGAGGAAGAAGAAGAAGAAGAAAUGGAGGACGAGGAUGAGGAGGAGGACGACGAGGAGGAGGAGGAAGGUUUGGAAGAGAAGGAUGAGGAUGCCGAAGGUCUAGAGGAUGACUCCUUCAGCAAUAAAAGCCUCGACCUCAAUUUUGCCAGCAAGCUAAUGGACUUCAAGCUGGCAGAGAGUGAUCAGAGCACGGGUGGCAGUGGCGUCUCUUCCCGACCCGAUAAGAAACAUGCCUGUGACAUCUGUGGAAAGAGCUUCAAGUUUGCCGGGACCCUGAGCCGCCACAAGAAGGCUCACACCCAUGAAGACAGGAAGAUUGAGAAGACCAGUGAGGACGAGAGCAGGAGUGGACCCGAGGGGACCUCAGACACCCUUUCUGGCGACCUAGAUCCCGAGCGGGAAGAGAGCCCCGUCAAUCUGAAAGUGGUGGAGUCCCCAGUGGUGGGCGAGGCCCCGGCUGGAAAGGAGAACGAGGAAAGCGAGAGUGUCUCAGAGGGGGAGAGCAUGGUAGAGAGGAAGUCCUCGGAGAAGAGUGACGAUGACAAGAAACCAAAGACCAACGGGACGAAAAGCGUCAGCAAGGCAGACAAGAGGAAAAAGGUCUGCACUGUGUGUAACAAGCGAUUCUGGUCCCUGCAAGACUUGACAAGACACAUGAGGUCCCAUACAGGGGAAAGGCCUUACAAGUGUCAGACCUGUGAGCGGACCUUCACUCUGAAACACAGCCUGGUCCGUCAUCAGCGCAUCCACCAGAAAGUCAAAAACACCAGGCAUCAAGAGAAGGAGAGCGACAAGGAGGAGAGGGGCGAGUACGACAGUGAGAACGAGUCCGCCCACAGCGGCACGAAUCCCAUCUCGGAGAAUGAGGGCGACUCGAACCCGGCGCCCGGCAGCCAUUCGGCCGGCCCGCGGAGCCGGAGGGAGGGCUCGGCCGGCGCGGUCAAGGAUCCGGCUCGCAAGGAGGAGAGGUCCGGAGGGCGAACGGCUGGCGUCGGCCUGGCUGAGCCGAGCAGGAAUGCACAGAAGCCAGCUCCUGGAGGGGGCGCUCAAGAGCAGGGGUCUCAGGGUAACCCUGAGGGCAAGAGCCCGUCAGGUUUCGUUCAGGACCUGCUGGGAGGGCAGAGCAGAAAGUCACCCACAAAUCACAUCCUCGCCUCCGCAGACAGUGCGUCUCAGCGAAUGGGGAUGGAAUGACUUGGUGGACUCAGCCCCGCCCUCCGUCCCCCCGACACAGACUAAAGCCAGCAGAGCAAAGUGUUUAGAAUUUGUAGCGCGAUGACCUUCAGUGACCUUCAGCUGUUCGGGGGGGGAGUGACAGGAAGAAACCAAGCAUGAGAGCAUGGCAGACUGCAUCUAGUGCCAUAGCCUUUUCAGUAUAAUGACGCAAGGGACUACAGUGUAUACUGAUAUGAGUGCCUUACUACUUUACUAGAUCUUUCGGUAUCCCAGACUUCCCCCCCCCCCCCCCGAAGAAAAAUGAUUUUAAAAUCACAAAUAUUUUAAUGAAUUAUUUGGAGAGGACCUUUUUUCAUUUAAGCAUUAAUGUUCCUUUUUUUUUUCCUUUUUUUUUUUUUGUACUGGUGUUGUGUGAGCUCGUUCUUGCGUCUCUGUGAUAGUCUCUGUUGUUUGUCCUCUGAGCUGGAACCAGAAAGACAAUGCCAUUGGAUACCCACAGCCAAUAACUGGAAGAAAACGUUAUGAGUUUCUUAUAAAAGUACUUAGAGGAAAUGUGGAUGAGACACUUAUUUCUCAAACAGACUUCUCUUUACAUUUUACUUUGCGGUGGUAACCUGGCUCCAGGUUUUCAGAGCUGUAGGUGAGGAAGGUAUUCAGGAUUGGUUCGAGCCAAAACCCAGGAAAGAUAUAACUAGUUUCAAUCUCAUACUUGUGUCCGCUCUUUGGCGUUAGAAAUUUUGUUCUUGUUCAUUUUUAAAAAAGACUUUCUUUCCUGACUUGAACAUACAGAGAAGAGUUUCUUUAGCAACUUAGCCUAUGGAAAUUAUGCACAGCUGUCAUAUAUGUUUGAUUUUCUUUUUUGCUUCAACAUAUGUAUUAUUAUUAUUAUUAUUAAUUAAUUAAUUAAUCAGUUCGCUAGUCUCUGCGGUCAGCAGAAACCGAUGGGCAAUAUUUGUCCACAGAGAUCUCCCACGCAGCUCGGAUCUCUGUGUAAAUGAUUGACUGCAGCUUUCACCAGCACGCUGUCGCUGCAGCUCUCUUCUACUGUACUUCAAGAAACCCUUCCACUGUGCCUGGAGACUUGGGCGGAGGCCGGCCGGCGGGCGUCACGAGUGGGCAGAGGAACGUCUAGGCGGAGCAGGGGGACGGGAGAGGACGAAAGGAUUCUCAGUGUGGGUGUCUGUGCCCGCACCCUUAGUGGAGGUGAGAGGCGUAGCAGGGGGCGGGAGGGCCCUCCCGAAGCACGAGGAAAGUGCCGCAGGUUGGGGUCGCGGAAGACGGGGCGGGGAUGAAAUCUGUUACUGGCGAGCGAGGGCUUCAGUCUUCCAGUUGGUCAGAAAGCAAGCCCGCCGGACGUGUUUGCCGGGCAGCGGAACUCUACGGUUGCCGACGACCUUCAGAUGCAAGCUCUAAUGAAACCGACGUACCUUUCUGCGGUUUUGGGUGGGUGCUGGAAGAUGAGCCGGGGCAUUUCCAGUAGCCUCUCGGUAGUCCAAACCUCCGGAAGCGGAGAUGCAAGAUUUUCAGCCAACAUCCCGUGGUCCACAGUGGAGCCCACUGUAACCACUAGCGUCAAGAGGUGAAGAAAAAUGUAUCCUACUGUAACUGGGCUUGUGGCAGCUCAGCAUUUUUUUGUCCUUUAGUCGUGAUCUCUAGGACCUAAGAGCCAUAGUGUUGCCAGGGACGCCCUGUGCCUUUCCACCACUUGAACUCCCUCUCCCCAUUCUCUUCUUAUGCCACUUCUUCCCCUCCUCCCCCUACACGCCGCCCUUUUCCCCUCUCUGCUUUCUGACCGAAGCCUCUUGUCCGAUUUUUUUUUAUUUUCUCUCUCUCUCUCUCAAGAGGUCGGGGAGGAAAGGGACGCUUAUGGCCCUGAACCCUCCCUCUAGGUGCGUGCAUAUGUAGGUAGAGAUUUUUUUUUUUUCCUUUUUACUCUGAUUUCUCACAAAUUUCCUGGAGGCUGAAAUUCAACUGCCCAAGAUUCAAAGGAAGAGAAAUGAAAGGAAAGUAAUAUCCUGCAUAUGAAAAGAAAAAAAAAAGGUUGCGGUAUAUAAGGUUUUGUUUGGGGGGUUUUGUUUUUGUUUUUUUUUUAUUCCAAAAAAAAAAAAAAGGUAUUGGGGAUGGAUGAACAAGUUUAAAAGCAAAAGGUUUUAUUCCAGAUUAAAAAUAAACGGAUGAGAACCAUUGAUUCCUUUUAUAAUUUUACCAGGUGUGGUCUACUUAAUUAUAAACCAGUUCACAUAUCCCUUAAUUAUUAUUAGUAUUAUUAUUAUUAUUAUUGGUGUGUGUUCCUUUUCCUUUUUUUUGGUUUUUUUUGUUUUGUGUUUGGUUUUGUUUUUUGGUUUUUUUUUGCAACUCUCCACACUAAACUGCGCAAUAUUGUGGGGGAGAAGCCAUUACUAAACUCUGUGCUGCAGUAUGAUGUAGCGAGUAAUCAAUUCCCAGCAGUGCAGCCGGGACAACAGCUAGCAAUAAUCACUAUUGAUUUAAAAAGCUUUAUUUAGCCUUAUCUGUAUCCUAGUAAUGAUAUGGUCUUGCCACAUUUUAUUGACAUUUUUAAUAGUUGAGUUUGACUGAGAAAUUUAUUGUUUGUUUGUUGGUCACCUACCCUUCCCCCCCAAUAUUAAACUGUGAAGUUUAUAAUGUGUUUAUACUAUGGGUGAAUCUUAGGCUUAGUUUGCAUGUUCAGCUAAUUUGUCUAUCUACAUUUUGUUUGAUUCUUUUUUCCUCUCUCAGGGCUUUUACAAAGAAAUGCAUCUUCUGAAAUGGUUGUGUCUAAGGUGCAAGUGUUUCAUUUCUUUUUUUUUUUUUAAAGUAAUGGACUUAACGCUGAGAAUUCAAUCACUACAUUAAACAACUUGACUGUGAAAGCAAUUACAGAAACGACCCUAAGGCCUGUUUUUAAUAGCUUUCGGGGUGCCUUCGUGACAGUCGAACGCUAGUUUCAAAAAAUGUUUCAGUAGUACGUUCUGUCCCUCCGUUUGUCUUUUAUCCUCUUUCUCGAAGAAGGAAGUUAAUCUUAGUGAUUUCAGCCCAUGCAUUAAACAGGAAACGAUAAAUGUGUUAGACUUCAUAUUUUUUCUAAAGGGAACUUAAACUGCUGCUACGAGUUGCGUACAAGACUGGUUUAUGCCACAUGAACAGAAAAUCACAAGUUUUGUUUUGGUACUUUGAUUCCUCUUUUUAUUCAGUUGUACAGUACUUCCCAAUUCAGAAUGAAAGUAAAGCUGUUCUGUAUCAAACCAUCUAAGCAAUAAAAUGUUAUUUUUAAAAAUUA